AUGUCUUCAACUGAAAGAAAGCAAACAGAAGGCCCAGAGUGAUGACAGUUUAAACAUUACAUUACAUUACAUUAGAAUUUAUAUCGCUUAACGUCCACUACGGGGUUACAACUCCAGGUUUAUCACUCGCCUUUCGUCGCAUCGGGCCCACCAGUCUGCUGGAGACAAACUUGCUUCGAUCACCAAGGUGCUUCUAGGGCAAAUGUCCACGUCUUCGACGGCUCAUGGAUGAGCUACUUGCUUGUACAUGGGUUGCUUUUCCGAAAAAACCCAAAAAAAUGAUUUUUCUGGUCGGCUAUCGGCAAAAAGGAAAAAUGCAAAGCCUGGGACGUAACGCCCAGUUUCACGCUAGGGAGUUGCCCGAAUGGUCCAGAGUGAUGACAGUUUAAACAAAAGUUUUAAACUUCCCUUGAUUUCUACAGCUUCCCCUAAUAAAUUUUCAAAACAUUUCACUUACAUAACAACUCCUUUAUCCAAAAGAUCAAUCACCCUAUCAAGAAGAUCUGAAAGUGAAAUGGCUGAAGAAGUCGCUCGGAUUCGAUAUGGCUCUCCUGGAGAUUUUACUCCUACCCUAGGUAUUUUUCGAACCUCUCAUUUAAAAAGCAAGCCUCCUCCUGAAAAAAUUAUAGAGGGCGGGUAUAGAACGUUUUCCCUCAACAACACAACAAUGCCAGAAUUGAAGCCAAUUCUCCCAAACUACAAGACCUUGCCUGACCCUGAGCCUCCAACUUGAAAAGAACUGCCUAAAUAUAUGGGUCCUGGAGACCGAUUUCUACCAUUAGAUCAAUUUGUUCUUGAAGAUAUUCCAGGAGAUGAUCUUAUAAAAUCAGGGACCAUUGAUGGGGUAUGCAGAGGACGAACAAAAUUUGAUUUUGCCAAUGGAAUUGCUGAAUGACUUCCAUGCACUGUUUUGGGUUAUGAUUUUAAAACCAAAAAAUUUCAUUUGAAGCUUGACAAAGAAGGAAAAGAAAAAUAUGUGAGAAGAUACAAUAUUCUGUUUGACUUCGAAGAUGAAAGCAUAUUCUUUGAAAGGAGGGAAAGAGCACUAAAAUUGAGAAAUGAAGCAAGAAAAAGACUCACAACUGAGGCGUUUAUUGAUAAUAAAAUGAGUCAGAUGUAUGAAACUAAAGGAAUUGAUGAGAAAACUAUGGAAGGAGCAAAAAGAAGGCUGGGGAUUAAUUUAAGUAGAUAUCCUAAGCAAUCUGUGGAAGGCUAUUUUGAUUAUAUUCAUUGGAUGCAUGAUUUUGGAAUUUUGAAAGGAAUUUUAUACUAUUUUUGGGAGGAGCCUAACAUUCAAGAAGCUAUAAAGGGAUUAGAAAUAGUCCCUCCACAGCCUAAAGAGUAUCGAGAUAAAGGCAAAUAUGGUUCGUUUCCUCGAUUUACAAAAAUUUUAACAAAAAUUUCAAAAGAUGCAUUAAUUUCGAAAGAUUUUAUUCUUGGCUGUUUGCAAGAAGUGCAUUAUCAAUACAUGACUGUAUUUGAAUGGAGAGACCUCUUUGAGUAUCCUCUGUCUCAUAUUAAUAUGCAAGAGGAUGAUAAUUAUAAAUUUCCAAUAACUCUUCAAAAUUUCCUUAAAUAUCAGCAAAGAGUAACUGACAGCUACAAACAAGCUGCCCAAGGUUUCUGAAUCACGCAAUGUGCUGAAGCAUUGAGAAAAAGAUUUAGAUCGAUCAUUGAAACUGACGAUCCAGAGCUAAAAUAUCAGGAUCUUCACCCAAGUUUAAAAAGAGUUUUAUCUUUAAUAGCUUACUCCCCCUUGAACAAACAAAACCAUUGGAAAAUCCCUAUUUUUUACCCAAAAAGCCGCCCUCCUUGAGCGAACAAAAAUUAUUAUGAAAAAAUAUUUUGAUAUACAAGCGAUAAUUAUUAUCAUGAAAUCUCUAGCCAUUUCUAUUGAAAGUUAAAACACCUUACAUUUUAGAACAUAAAUUUUACCAAUUAAAAUAAUUUUUACUUUCAAAUUUUUGCAUUUUCCGGAAUUUUUUUUAACUAAAAUUUAUAUAAAAAUUUUUUUUUUUUUAAAAAAAAUUACACCCCUCCGUUUCGGCAAAAUUUUUUUUGUUCGCUCAAGAAGGGGGGAGUUAUCAAAUGCAAGCUCAAGCGUCUGAAUGUCUUCACAAAGGACUUAAACAGUAUGAAAAAUUUAUAUUAAGGUUUAUUGUUAGAAAUAGCAAAUUAUUGAAUGAAGAAGUAUUGAUUCCCGUUCAUGCUUCUGCGCUGAUAAAUGUAAAUAUUUCAGCAUAUAGAAAUAAAAAGACAGGAAAGAUAUUUAUACAAGCUGAUCCUCCUAUUGAUUUAAUAAUAUCUACAUUAUAUUCAUUAGUUGAUAGAAUGAUUGAUAGCGUAAGUGACCUUGAAAGAGUAGAACAAUGAAUUUUUACAAAAUUGUCAGAUCUUCAAACUUCUAAGUUGCAGCCGCCUGACAUAGAUAACACUGAAGGCUUGCUUUCUGUUAUGAAAUCAAUUAAGUCUCUUUUGCAAUUAUCAGUCAAAGAUUUAGAAGAUUUAUUAGGUAAAUUCAAGACUUACGAAUAUAUUUUGAGCACAACGAUGGAUGAUGUCAUUAAACAAAUAAACGACCGAUUGGAUAGAGUGGGAAGUAAUGAACAUAAAAUUAUUAACACUGAAGCACUAUUUGAAAGCUGUUUGUCUGAUUACUUGAUAUUGCUUACAAAGCAUUACUGAGAAUUAAGAUCAGAUUUUGUUGGCUUUUAUGAUUUUGGAAUACUGACUGUGACUUGCCAAGAUACAAGGGCAGAGCUAAUUUCCAAAGCUGAAGCUUUAAGAAUUCCAAUUAUUAAGAAACUAACAGAAGACAUCAAAGAAGACAUUUCUACAUUAUACACUGAAUUCCAAGAUAUGAAAGACAAAGGUUCGAGAAAAUGCUACAGCAUUGAUGAAGUGUCUGAAACCAUGGAAUAUCUCACAAAUGCUGUGCAGCAAGUUGAAGAACUCAAAGAAGACAUCUGAAUUGUUGAGCGCAAAUAUCAGAAAUUGAUCGAUAUGGAAGUGCUUUUGGAUGAAGAAAAUAUGAAGAAAUACAUCAACUUGUUUUAUUGGCCUAAACACAUUAUUGAGUAUUUUAAUAAGCGAAAAGGAGAAUUAGCAAUUGAUAAUGAAGCACUGACUAAAGAAAUGGAAGAAGAAAAAAUAAAAAUCAUGGCUACUAUUGAGGAGUAUAAGAGUGCAUUUGAAGAGUUCAAAUUGUAUGGGCUUAAGAAUAAAAAUUUGGAGACUGAGUAUGUAGUUGAGGUUGCUGAAAAGGCAAAAGAACUAAAAGGAAAAUUCAAAGCUCUUAAGGAAACAACAGAAGUGAUAAAUAGAAGGGAAACCCUUUUGGGGAUGGAGCCUUCACACUAUAAAGAAUUGAAUAGCCUUAUGGACCAAGCUGAGCCAUUUUUUGAUUUAUGAAAGUUAGCAAGCGAGUAUAAGCAGAGCAUACCUUCUUGGCUUACAUCUCACAUUCAUAGACUAGCAGUAGAUAAAAUUUAUGCUUCCGUGAGCAAUUGGUUUAAGAGCUUAAGUAGGCUCGAAGAAAUGCUUGUGGAUUAUAAAAAACAAAUAAAGGUUGUAAGGAAGCUCAAUUUUGAAUUAGAUGGAUUUCGAUCAUACUUACCUUUGCUACACUACCUCAUUUAUAUAGAGCAUUUAUUGUUUAUUAUGAAAAGUGUAAAUUAAAAUCUUCUUAUUUAUUGCAGUUCUUUUAUUUUGAAUAAAAAAAAACUUGUGAUAUUUAUAAUAAUAUUUAAGUUUUAUUUUUUUAAUAUUUCUAUUUUUAUUGAAAAAAAUUUAAAAAAUUAUUCAUCAAAAGGUAUCUAGAAAGAAUGCUUCAUUAAUAUCGGGAGAUUUAGCGCUUUCACGGCACCUGGGCUCAGGGAUAGGCAUUGAAAAGAAUUCAGAGAUGAGUUAGGCUAUGUAUUCACCCCUGAUCUUAAUUUCAGUUUAACAGAACUCAUUGAAAAAGACUUGCACAAAGGACAUAAUCUUACUUUUUUAUUAGAAGUUGCUGAAAAAGCAAACCGAGAAAUGGCAAUUGAGAAAACUCUUGAUAAUUUAGAUAACGAUUGGCAUGAGAAAGAAUUUAAUAUGAUUAAGUACAAAGAAAUCUUUUUACUUACCAAAGCUGAUGACCUCCAACUUCAAAUUGAUGAUAACAUCAUGAAAGUUCAAACUUUAAAAGCUAGCCCUUAUGUAGGGCCUUUCAAAGACAGGGUCUUCGAAUGAGAAAAGACACUGAAAAUUAUUUCUGACCUCAUUAAUGAAUGGACAAGAGUCCAGAAGUACUGGCUUUUUUUACUCUCCCACCUUUUAAAGUGAGCAAAACUAUUGGAUUAAUGCCCAGGCUUUUAAUUUUUCCUUUGCGAUAAAGUUGGCUAGAAAUUCCUUUUUUUGGGUUUUUUGUACGGACAACCUUCGUUCGACCAAAGCAGAUGCUGCAGAGUCCAUAGCCUUCCCACUGGAACCGGCAAGGCAAGGAGGAGACAGAGACACAGAACUCUAAUUCGCAGGUGCCAUGGCUUCAUGCAGUGAAAAGAGGAAAGGUAGUGUUUGAGUCGUAACUUGCCUGGUGAGUUAUCUUACUCAAGCAAGCUCUCCCUGCUGACGUUGCAUAUGGAUGAAUCCCCUAGGGAAUCUUGCUAACUGAGUUACCAAAAGGAGUAAGUCAACCUGCAUUAAGUUUAGGUAAGGAUUAAAUUCGAAAUUUUUUUGAAAAAAUAACUCUUUGUAACAACCAAAUAAUCUUGCUCCUAUUAAAGGGGAGUUAGAUCCUAUUUUUUCAUCCCCAGAUUUGGCUCAACAAAUGGCAAACGAAGCUAAAAAAUUUGCUGAAGCUGACUAUGACAUUAAAAAGAUGAUUUCCCUUAUAUAUGAGUCAAAAUCAGUACUUUCAUGCGUGACUACUGAUAUGUAUAUUUCUUAUUUCUCUCAGUGUAACGAUAACUGUGAGAGAAUUCUUAAAAGUCUGAGAGCUUAUUUAGACUCAAAAAGAAGGACUUUCCCAAGGUUUUAUUUUUUAUCUGAUGAUGAAAUGCUUGAUCUCUUAAGCCACACAAGAAACCCAAGAUCAGUUCAAAAGCAAAUCCACAAGUGCUUUCAUGGCAUUUCUUCACUUGUCUUUGCUGCUGACGACAGCGUGACAGGUAUGAGAUCGCUUGAAAAAGAAGUUGUAAUAUUUGAGAAAACAAUUAGCCCUACUCUUGGCUUAGAAGGUUGGCUUAAAGAAGUUCAGGUUGCAAUGGUCAGCAUUCUAAAAAGUCAAUCAAAGCAAGCAUUCAAAGCAAAAGAUAGGGUUUAUAAAAAUUACCCCAAUCAAGUGAAUUUAUUAGUAGCAAGGCUGAAUUGGUGCAAAAUUGUUGUGGAUAUUAUCAGAGGUGAAGGAUUCACUGCUCUUUUUGAGGAUCAAGGAGAAAAUGUAGAGCAUAUUGAUAUCCCACUAACUCCCCCCUCCGUGAGUGAACAAAAAAAUUUUUUUCACUCACAGGAGGGGGGUUAAUUUUUUUUUUUAAAAAAUUUAUAUAUAAAUUUUAUAAAAAAUAUUUUUUUUCGAAAUUCAAAAAAAUCCUAAUUCGAAAAAAUUGGAAAGAAAUAUUAAUUCAAUUUAUAAAAUUUAUGUUUUUAAAAAGCAAUUUGUUUAAAAUUAAACAGAAUUAGCUCUAGAUUUCAUUAUACAAAUUAGCAUUUAUAUAUCAAAAUUUUUUUCUAUUAAAAAAAAUUUUUGUUCACUCACGGAGGGUGGAUUUUUGAGUAAAAAAUGGCGAUUUUUCUAAUGGUUUUGUUCACUCACGGAGGGGGGGAGUAAGAAACGCGCCAAAGAUCAGCUUUUUUAAGGAAAUGAUUAAGAGGAUGGAUAAAGAAAUUCAUAAAGUAGUUUCUUUAGUAAGAACAGCAUUUGAUAGAGUCUCCAGGAAUUCUUAUAGCAAUUUAGGAAUUUUAUUGAUUCAUCAAAGGUCAACGCUAGAAACGAUGCUAAAUGUCACGUCUGAAGAUGAUUUUGCUUACCAAGUUCAAAUAAAGCACUUUAUCACAGAAACGGAUAUAGUCAUAAAUUGCUUGUCAAUCACUUUCCCAUAUUGCUAUGAAUAUUUAGGAACGAGUCAAAGGCUUGUUAUUACAAAUCUGACAGAAAGAGCACAAAGAGCUUUAUUGUUAGCUAUGAGUUUAAGGUAUGCUGGCUCGCCUGAAGGCCCUGCAGGCACAGGGAAAACAGAAACCACCAAAGAAUUAGCAAAUAUUGCCGCAAUUUUUUGCCUUGUGUUCAAUUGUUCAGAAGGAGUAGAAGCUUUUGCAAUGGCUUCAUUCUUUAAAGGCCUUGCUAUAUGUGGUGUUUGGUCUUGCUUUGACGAGUUCAAUAGAAUUGAAUCAGAAGUCCUUUCGUUGGUUUCCCAACAAAUUCUGUCAAUUUCUAUGAGUUUAAGAGCAAAAGAGACGAAGAUGAUGUUUGAAGGAACUCAUCUGACACUAAACCCUAAUUUCGCUGUUUUUUGCACAAUGAAUCCUAACUUCCGCCCUUGAGAACCAACACAAUUAUUAGAAAAUUGCCUAUUUUAAGAGAAAUAAUCCCUAUAAGAGCGAGCAAAACCUUUUUGCUCACACUUGAAAGGGGAGUAAUUAUCGAGGACGAACUCAAUUGCCAGACAGCUUAAAAAGCUUGCUAAGGCCCAUCUCCAUGACAGUUCCUGAGUUCAAUAUGAUUGCUGAAAUUUCUUUAUAUUCAUGUGGUUUUAGAUAUGCUCAUCAGCUUUCAAUUAAAAUAACAACAGUAUUUCGUCUGUGCACUGAGCAGCUAUCUUCUCAAGAUCACUAUGAUUUUGGCCUGAGAGCAGUAAAAAGUGUCCUCACCGCUGCCAGGAAUUUAAGAGUCCAAGUCUCGAUUGAUGAAAAAUCCCCUGUUACAUUUUUAAGAUUAUUUACUUUAAGCUCAAUCAGCCAAGUUUUAGUCAAUAGUGGAGUAGUUUUAAGUGAUGAUCAAACAGCUCUUAGUUUGAAUCAAGAGGAAAAACUUAUAGUUCAAGCACUAAAUUUGUGUAACAGGCCAAAAUUUGUAGGUCAAGAUGAUGAAAUAUUCUUAAAUAUCGUUGACGAUGUAUUUCCACAGGUCUUACUCCAAGAAAGGCAUGAGAGUGAUUUUCAGAGCAUUGUCAAAAAAAUCAUUAGUGAAAAAGGGCUGUGCAGCGACCCUAGAUUUGAAGAGAAAAUCUACCAAAUUUAUAAUCAAGUUACUACAAGGCAUGGAAUUAUGCUAAUUGGAGAGACGAUGACAGGAAAAACGACAGCCUUAGAUGUGCUGUAUGAUGCUUUAAAUAGGCUCAAAGUAAAUGAGUUGAGUGAGAAACUGCUAAAGUGAACUAAAAGAGAGAAAGCUGAAGAAAAAUUUCAAUCCUACAUUGUUUCUUUUAAAGAAAUGGACAUUGACAUUGAAGCUAUUGAAGAUCACAAAUUCAAAGACAUUUUCCCUUUUCUAUCUGUUCAAGAAUUCAGAGAAAUGAGAAAUGAGUGUGAACAUCCGGGCGUCCUUAAGCUCUGCUUAAAUCCAAAAGCCCACUUAUUAGAAAGGUUGUUUGGGUCAUUUGAUGAGCAAACUAGAGAAUGGCAGGAUGGCUUAGCAUCCAGCAUUCUGAGAAAACUAAUGUUUGAAGGGUCUAAAAGGCUCAAGUGGCUAGUAUUUGAUGGGCCAGUUGACAGUCUAUGGAUUGAAAAUUUAAAUACAGCUUUAGACGAUAAUAAGAAGCUAUGCCUUAUAUCUGGAGAAACCAUUUUAAUUAAUCCAGAAAUGACGCUAUUAUUUGAAACAGAUUCUCUUGAGCAUGCUUCACCUGCAACGGUCUCUCGGUGUGGGAUGGUUUACUUUGACCAUUUGCUUGUUCCUGCUACUGAACUGUUUUAUAGAUAUGUAAGAAAAGACUUGCCAGUUUUGCUUGCAGACUAUAAAGGUAGGAUUGAGCAGCUUUUCCAAUGAAUAACAGCUCCAAGCCUUGAAAUAAUGCGUCAAUGUCCAUUGAAUAUUCCGACAAAUGACUAUUGGAUUGUCUCUUCAUUUAUAAAGCUGUACGACAGCAUGCUAUCAGCUUAUAAAGCAGCCCCAGAGCAAGAAGACUCAAGCUUAAUUGCGCUACCUGAGAACAUCACUGAAAAAACAAAAGCAAAAGCAGCUAUUUCGGCAUCAACCCUUUUGCAACUUGAAGCCUUUUUCAUUUUCAGCUCAAUAUGAACCUUUGGGGCUCUAUUAACGGACCAAUCUGAUAAAGAUUCUUAUGAUGAGUUUCUGAAAGAAAGAGUUGGAUUAGCAGAGCCCACUGAUGAAUCAGCCACAUUCACCUCACUAAAAAAGAGCCGUACUUCUCGGAGUGUUAUUUCAAGUUACCAGGGACAUUUUAAGAUUUCAGAAGACACAAUCCCUCGACCAAAUUUUUCUCUAUUACUAAAGCGAAAAUUGAGCAUAUAUGAUAUUAUUUAUGAUAAAGAUAGAAAAGAUUGGAUUAAGUGAGGGGAUGAUUCUAGAGAUCCUCACAAUGUAAUAGACGAGGGAGAUAAUCGUGAGCAGCCAGCCGCUGAGCUAAUUAUUGUGCCAACAAGCAUUAUUACGAAGACUUCAUAUUUAAUCAAGCUUUUGUCAGACUCAAAGAAAAACAUUUUAUUGACAGGGCAAACUGGGACAGGGAAAAGCAUUUUAGUAAGGCAAUUUAUGAAGUUCCAAUUAAUGGAUCCAGGCUCUCUGCAAUUAUUAGUUCCUUUUACUUCAUUUACUACUUCGCUAGGACUUCAAGACCAGCUAGAGUCAAAGCUAGAAAGACAUCGAAAAGGAGUUCUCGCACCAAUUUACGGAAAAUAUAUGGUGCUAGUUGCUGAAGACAUCCAUAUGGCAACUCAAGAUGAGCACGGAGCAAAGCCAACAUUGGAAUUAAUGAGGCAAUUUUUGGAUCAUGAAGGACUAUAUGAUUCCAACUCCUACCCAUUUGUUAGAGAGCAAGAUUCUUUGUGGAGAAAUAUUUAAAUUCUUAAAAAGCCAAAUUGAAAGCAUUGAAAGGGAUAAUUUAAUUUAUAGAAUUUAUGCUUUAGUGAAAUUUUAAUGCAAUUGGAUGGCAUUUUAUCAUAUCAUCAAUUAUAUGUAAAAUUAUAUUUAUACAAAAAUUUAAAAAACCUUUUUCUUGCUAACAAAAACAGCUAAUUUUCGCGAAAAUGAAGAUUUUUGAAUCGCUUUGCUUGUAGUCAAGGUUUGGAGCAAGUUUUCUGACUUUAAAACACUUGAAAAUAUUUUUUUCCUCUGCUCUUUAACUCAAAAACCCCAGCAAAUGUUAGCUACAUCCAUAAGGAUUUUAAGGCACUAUGCUCUUAUACCUUUAUCUCCUCCUACAGAAAAGCUUCUACACGAAAUAUAUGAUAUUAUAUUUGGUGAAAUAUCAACAAGGUUUUCAGAAAGAGCUACAAGAGGCCUAGAGCAAAGAAUAGUCGAUGCUACAAUUGCUUUAUUUUUCAAAAUUCAAGAAGUAUUUCGACCUACUCCAACAAGGGUUCACUAUAACUUUAAUAUUCGAGAUAUAAAUUUUCUGCUGAAAGGUAUGUCAAUAUGCAAUCCUAAGUCAAUAAGAAAGAAAGAAAAUUUGAUAAGGCUCUGGUAUCAUGAAGCUUUAAGGACUUUUCACGACAGGCUUAUUGAUUCAAUUGAUAGACUACAGUUCUUAAGGCUGAUUGAUGCUGUAACUAUUGAUACAUUCAAAAGUGUAAUUCCUAUUUAGCUUGCUCAAGCAGUAGUUGAAACUGAGCUUCCACCAGACUCUGAACUUGCGGAGGACCCAAUACAAAUGACUCCACUUGAGUUAAUAAAUGAAAAGCCCGUCCCUAUUUAUGGGGUUUUAUUCAGAGGUGGAGGGAAUUAUCAAGAUUAUGUGGAAAUUAAGAGCAUAGAUUCUGCUCAAGAUAGCUUAAAAGCGGCGCUUGAUAGGUAUAACCAGGAAAACCCAAUGAUUCCCCUUAUUAUUUUUAAUUAUGUUAUUGAGCAUCUUUUGCAUAUAACAAGAAUUAUAAAAGCUCCUCAUAGUCACGCUUUAUUAGUAGGGAUAGGAGGGUCUGGAAAGCACUCAUUAGCGAAGUUAAGUGCCUUUAUGUUUGGAUACCAUCUGCACAUGAUUGAAUUGAAGCAUCAGUAUUCAAAUGAGGAUUGAAAAGAAGACCUGAAGAAAGUAUUUUAUGCAACUGGCAGCGAAAAUCAAAAAGGAGUCUUUGUUUUGGAUGAAACUCAAAUUGUUUUUGAAUAUUUCUUACUCCCAUUCCUUGAUCGAAUGAUUCAAUUGAAGAACUCUGAAAAUUGGGAAAUUUAACUUAUCGAAUAGUGAAGCAAAAAACAUCCUGCUUUGGUUCAAAUCUUAUUGCCUAUCUCAAUGAUAAUAAAUGGGAUUGCAGUAUAAUCACUUCCGAGCAAUUAAAAUAAGAUUUUCUAGCUAAUUUGCUACUAUAUUGCAUUCUCUGUUUCUUGUAUAUGGCAAUAAAAUCUUUUUUACGAAAAAAAAAAUUUUAAUAUUGCCAUGAACUAAUGAUCUUGAUUUUUAAACCGUUUUAGAAUUUCCUCUUUUCUAUCGCAGUUAAAGGGGUAUGACAUGCCAACACCUUUUUAGAUGAGAUGCCAAAUAUAUUGCCAGCCAAAAAAUAAUUAAAAUGGACAAGACACUAAGAAAAUAGGUUUAUGGAAAGCUAUAAGUAAUUGUAAUUUUUUUCAGAAAUCUGCUAACCCUUGAUAGAAUGAUGUAUCGUUCAAUCAAGGAUGGGGAGUUAGAAGAUUUGCAGUGCUUCCUUAAUUCUGGGGAAAUUCCAAAUCUAUUUACACCUGAAGAAAUUAUAGAAAUCACUGGAAAGGAUGCAGCUUCGACUGAUCUGGAACGGAUGAGAAACUGACAAAAGUUUAUAAAGCACAUAAAAGAUAAUUUGACAAUGAUUAUUUGCAUGAGUCCUAUUGGAAACAAGUUCAGGCAAAGAAUACGGUCUUAUCCAGCAUUAGUCACAUGCACAACAGUGGACUGGUUUUUAGACUGGCCCAUUAAUGGGCUCACCGCAGUUUCACAAAUUUUUUUAUCACAGGUGCAAGAGGUCCCAAUGAACCUGCAAAAAGGAGUUUCAGCUGUCUGUGUUCAAAUCUUUAAAGACGUGAAAGAGACAGCUCAAGAGCUUAUCCGAAAAGAAGGGAGAUAUAUCUAUAUACUAGUUAUGGUUGAUAGGCAAGUAGCCAUUAUUCUAUUUUUUUUCAAGCGAAAAAUUAAAGGUUAUGCUUUAUUUGCUAUAAAUUGGCAUAUAACGCCUAUGUCACUUCUUGAUUUUCUCCACACUUUUGCUCAUCUCCUAGUAAUGAAGCGGGAAAACUACGAAACAAUUAAGCGGAGAUAUGAAAGCAGUUUAAGUUUGCUUUACCGCACAAAAGAAGAACUAAGAAAUCUGCAAGAAGGGCUUAAGGUCCAAGAAAAAAACCUUGCCAAGUAUGAAGCUGAACUUGAAACUAUAUUAAAUGAUGUAGAAACUCAAGGGAGCGAGCUCAGACAAAAAGGCGAUGUAGUAUCUCAAGAAGAAGCUUAUGUAAAAGAGCAGUCUGAUAACGCUGAAAGAAUCAGAGCUGAGUGCCAAGAACAGAUAGAUAAAGUUAUGCCCGAAUUAAACCAAGCAAGACAUGCGCUAGGACAGCUGUCGAAAUAUGAUAUAGCUGAGCUCAAAAGUUUAAGUAAGCCCCCACAGACAGUAAAAAUGAUAUUAGAAGCAGUUUGUGUUCUUUUGAAUGUUCCUGCUACAAGAUAUAAAAAAGGAGGUGUUUUCAUUGAGGACUAUUGGAUGACUGCUAUGGGCAAAAAAGUGUUAGGAGACCCAAAAAUCCUAGAUAGGCUAUACUAUUCAGAAUAAUGAAACUCUCUCUAUUAAUUAGGUGCUUCUAUUCAUUUAAGAAAUAGUAUAAUGGGCUAAAAAUUAAUUCACUAUAAAAACACUAUAAUAAAUUUCGAUAAAUCCAAUAUUCCAAGAUCAAUUAUGGAAAAACUUGAAAAUUUUGUCAGAAAUCCUGAUUUCAACUCUGAAAAUGCUGAGCAUGCUUCUAUAGCUGCGAAAGGAAUGUGCAAUUGGGUUAUCGCGAUGGUUAAAUAUAAUACUGUGCAGCGAGAUAUUAGGCCUAAAGAAAAAGCAUUAUCCGAAGCUCAAAAACUCUGUGAAACUUUGCAAACUGAGCUUAAAGUCAAGAAAAAAGAAUUGAAUCCCCUCUCUGUGAGCGAACAAACCAUUGGAAAAAUCUCUAUUUUUUAGGUAAAAGCUUGCUCUUUGUAAUGAAAAAAAUUGUUUUAUAAAAACAUAUUUUGAUAUAUAAGUGUUAUUUAUUAUAAUGGAAUCUCUGGCUAAUUCUGGUUACUUAAAAGCAGCUCCCAUUUUAAAACAUAAAUUUCACAAAUUAAAUUAUUUUGUUUUAGAAUUAUUUCAAAAUGAAUUUUUUUAAAAUUUUGAAGAAAAAAAUAUUUUCCCCCUCUUGAGCAAAGAAAAUUGAUUGGUUCACUUACGGAUUGGGGAGGAGUGAGUGCAAUCCAAAAUCAACUCAACGGGCUUAUUGAUGUGCAAACCCAAAAAGAGAGUGAAAGGGGGCAAAUUUUGCAAGCAAUUAUAAAAAAUAAACAGAAGAUCCUCAGGGCAGAAAAACUCAUCGGAGGAUUAGGGGGAGAAAUGCAGAGGUGGACGGUUACCUCUAGACUCUUAUCAACAAGUUUAGUUAAUUUAGUUGGAGACAUCGUCCUAGGCUCGGCCUUUGUCACAUUCCUUGGCCCGUUUCCUCUUUCCUAUCGAGAAGCAUGCAUGGAAAAAUGGCAAACCUUAGUGACUCAGCAAGGUGUAAAUAGCAGUGAGAGUUUUGAUUUAAUGGGAAUGUUUGGAGAUGCAGUCACAAUCAGGGAAUGGAUUGCAAAUGAGCUGCCCAAUGACGGCUACUCGGUAGAAAACGCAAUAAUUUUGAAAACUUCUCUCAAGUAUUCGAUAUGUAUUGAUCCUCAGUCUCAAGCUUAUAGGUGGCUAAAAAAUAUGCACCAAGGCAUCCCAAUAACGAGGUUUUCUGAUAGACGAUUUCUCUCUAUAUUAGAGACAGCAAUUCAAUUAGGGUCUGCAGUCAUUGUUAACAUAGAGGAAUCUUUAGAUCCUGUAUUACAGCCAAUUUUAAAUAAGGAAUAUAUACAGUCUGGCUCUAUUAAAUUCUCAGACAUGGAAUUGCGAUUUAACCCUGAGUUCAAGCUUUAUCUGAUAUCAAGACUUAAUAACCCUCAUUACCACCCUGAAAUCUGCUCGAUUACAAAUUUACUUAACUUUGCAAUUACACCUGAUGGACUUUAUGACCAAGUCCUAGCUCUAAUUGUAACUUCAGAAAGAAGAGAAAUCGAAGAAAGGCACAACACUUUAAUUAGCCAGACAACUCAAAAUAAAAAAGAACUCAAGAGUCUCGAAGCACAAAUUAUUGGCCAAUUAAGCUCGUUUCAAGGAGACAUUCUUGAAGAUGAAGAAUUGGUUCUGCAUUUAAAUGCCUUAAAGCAAACAGCUGAAGAUAUUGCCCAAAGACUGAGAAAUAGUGAAAAAACUGAGAAAAGAAUCAAUAAAGCUCGAGAUAUAUAUUCUCCAGUAGCAUCACGAGCGACUUCUCUGUUUUUCUCGGUUGUAGAUGUAGCCAAAAUUAAGCCAAUCUACCAAUUUUCAUUGAAGUGAUUCUUAAGGCACUGCUCUCAAGUGCUGAGAAAUCAAGCUGAAAAUCAUGAUGAUGCCAAAAGAGUUGAAUUUUUAAUCCAUGAAUUUACCCUUCACUUAUAUUUUAAAGUAUGUGCUUCUCUAUUUGAACAGGACAAACUUCUAUUUGCUGUUAUGCUUUGCUUUAAGAUCAUUCAAUCUGAAGAGUCUAUCACAAGAGACUUAGCCUCAUUUUUGCUUGGAGAAAUCGAUCCAAUAGAAGAGCCUUCACCAAUUGAUUUCCUAACUUUUGCCAGCAGUGAGCAAAAUAAUUGGGAAAAAUCCCUAUUUUUUUAGAAAAAAAAUUUAAUGUGUAUUUGGUAAUAUUAUAAUGAAACGUUUAGCUAAUUCCACUCAAUUUUAAUAGCUUGUGCUCUAAAGAUCAAAUUUUAUAAAUUAAAUUAUUUUUUACUUUCCAAUCUUUGCGAAUUGGGAUUUUAAAUUUCGGAUUACUAUUAAAUUCAUAUAUAAAUUAUUUAAAACCGUGAGGAAGAAAUUUUUUGAUCCCUCGCGGAGGGAGUAAAUGAUGAAGCUUGGUGUGGGAUUAGGGAGCUCUCUGCCUUUUAUCCUUUCAAAGAUCCUCCACUAGCAACUUAUAUUUUACAGUCUCCAGAGGUUUGAAAAAGGAGUUUCAUUUUUUCUGAAAAACCAGAACAAGAGCCAGUUCCUUCUCCUUAUAAUGCAGCAAUGCCUACUGAUCAAAAAUUUUUUGAAGCAAAAGCAAGAGAAGAAGGUGACGUCAGCAGCUUAAUUCAGUUUACUCAAAAGCGAUUUGAAAAGAAAAAGCUGCUUGAAGCUUCUUUAUCUGAGCGCACGAAAAAAAUAUUUAUAGCUUUGCAGAGAUUAUGCAUAUUAAAAAAUUCUUACUCUUUGUUUAGCAAGCAAGAUUUUUUGAUUGCUAAUAGAGUUAAUUUUUUUUUGUAAUUUAAAUUAGAAUUUCUUAGAAGCGAAAGACUUACUAGGGGAUAUGGAGUGCUAAUUAGCAAUGUGCUUGGAGAUGAGUUUUUAAAUUCUGACCCUAAUUCGAUUGAGAACAGCUUUGAAGAAUCAACUUAUAAUACUCCAUUUUUGAUAUUCCAUACACAUUCGUCAGAUCCAAUUUCAGAAUUGUUCAGCCUUAAUGCGAGACUUAGAUUAUAUGCAAAAAUUGUGACUGUUUCGCUAGGUGCAGGAAAAAUUGAAACUGCUUUGAGUAUGAUUGAAAAAGGGAAAAAUAAGAACCAUUGGGUUAUAUUGCAGAAUAUUCAUUUAUAUCCAGCAUUCAUGCCAAUCCUUGAAGAAGAAAUUGAAAAGUUAAAUGGAACAGGGGCUCAUCGAGAAUUUCGGCUAUGACUAACAAGUUCUCCAACUGCUCAUUUGCCGAUAACUUUGCUUCAAACAUGCAUAAAAAUUACAAUGGAACCUCCUAAUGGACUUAAAACUUUUCUUUUAAGAUCUCUUAAUCAGAUUGAGCCUCAAUUUCUGCAUUCUAAUGAUAUUCAAAAAAGAUUAUUAUAUGGGCUUUGCUUUGCUCAUGCAACAAUUCAAGAGCGAUGCAGAUAUCAAGGUGUUGGAUGAGUCAGACCAUACGAUUUUACAGAAUCUGACUUUUUGGCUUCAGUUUCUGUUGUCAUUAGCUUUCCAGCUGAAAAAAUUCAAUGGGAUAUGAUGAGAUACUGCAUUUCUGAUUUAGUUUAUGGUUGCAGGGUGUCUGAACCUCAAGACAUCAGACUUAUUCAUGCAUUAAUUGACCCAAUUCUCAGUAGUCAUAUCAAGGAAAAAUUAUUCCUCUUAUUUCUCCUCCUUGAGCAACCAAAACUAUUGAAAAAUUUAGAAAAGUUCUCUUGUGAAGCAAUCAAAAACAUUAAAAAUUUGGGAAUAGCCCAUCCUUUUAGCAAGCAAAACAAUUUGGCAUAAUUAUAAUGAAAUCUUAAGUUAAUUCUAUUAAUUUUUUUAACAGUUUGCAUUAUAAAAAAAAUUAAUUUGACUUUAAAAAUAUUUUCAAAUUAAUGUUUUAAGAUUUAAACUAAAUUUAUAUAUAAAUAAAAUAGCUUCUUUCCGUGAGAAAGGAGUUAAGCGAAUCGCAAAACAUAGGCAUUCCAGAAAGAAUGGACAACUUCAAAACCACUUUUUCUUUGGUGGAAAAAAUGGAAUACAAUGAAUCGCCUGAAAUUUAUGGGCUACACUCAAAUCAAGAAAUUAGGCUAGAAAGCUCUGAAGGCCAAAGAGUUUUAGAUCUUAUAGCCCAUGUAAAAAGAAGCGCUCUUAUAAUUGAAGAUUUCGACUACCGAAAAGAAACUGGAGAAAAAGAAGUGGAUAAUGAUGAAUUUAGUAAGCAAGAUAGAGGAAAGCUUCUGAAUAGGCUCUCAACUUCUAUACUGGAAAAGCUUCCUACUGAAUUUGAUUUAGCAGACAUUAAAGAAAAAUACCCAAUUACCUUCGAAGAAAGCCUUAAUACUGUUUUGCAGCAAGAAGUUAUGAGAUAUAAUAGAUUAAUAGGUAUUGCAAGGUCUACUCUUACAGCAGUGCAGCAAGCCGCUACAGGAAACUCAAUAAUGUCAAUUGAUUUAGAAGAAAUUGCAGCCAGCUUAUUAAUAGGAAAAGUCCCUGACAGCUGAAAGCAGAUUUCUUAUCCGACGAUAAAGCCACUAGCAUCAUUUGUUGAUAACUUAGCAGAAAGAGUCAAUUUCAUUGAGAGCUGGAUUGAAAACGGAACGCCUGAAGUAUUUUGGUUUCCUGGAUUCUUUUAUCCGCAGUCAUUUUUGACUGCAAUCCUUCAAAACUACGCUAGAGACCAUGGAACUGAUAUGGAAAGGGUCAAAUUCAUACAUGAAGUGCUUAAUGAAGAUAUAUUUGUUGAAGAAGGAUGCAUAGUAGGUGGACUUAUUUUAGAAGGAGCUAGAUAUGAAGAAAAAUUGGAGGAAAAUAUGACUAAGGAGUUCACAUAUAUGCUGCCUAAUAUUUAUUUCAAGCCUGAAGAAAAUCAAGUUCAAGAUGAAGGAAUUUUCACAUGCCCUGUCUUUAAAACUUCAUUAAGAGCUGGAGCAAAGGGUCAGUCAGCUAACUUCAUAUGCAAUAUCGGUUUGAAGACAGACAAGGAUCCGAGCCAUUGGGUAAAAAGAGGAGUUGCAAUUAUUUGUGAGUGUGAUGAUGUUUAA